AUGGCUACCUUCUCCGAUCCAUCGACAUAUCUGAAUUUCCUCAUAUCCCCGCGAAUUCCUCCAGAGUUGGUCCUUAAGACUAUCCAGCACCUGCCUUUCAACGAUGGCUCGCUCAUUACCACUAUCCGGAGCGCACAUCCAAGACUUCGUGCCAUCUUCAGGAACUACGAAAGAUCCAUCACUGGCAGCUUCAUGAAGAAAGAGCUCCGGCACGCGGAGACAGACUUCAAGUGUGGGGAUGAUCGGCUCAACGUCGACUGGCUGGCCGAUUGCGUUCACAACUACGAUAUUGUCGAUGACGUUAUGGACGCCCUCUGCUCUGAGCACAACUUCAACGCAGUCUUACAACACAACGUCCCCCUCGCAAAUGCCGGGCUACUGCUAUUAUACCGCCUGACAUCAAUCGGUCAGUCCACCCCUCAACCCAACUCUAGCACAGCUCCAGCUAACCUCCCCUCAGAAGACCACGCAGACCGCCUAACCUACAUCAAAUCCCUCCCCCGCGACCCCCUGGUUGCAAUCUACCUCGUCCUCCACCACGCCACCCUCUCCGCCCGCUACCACGGUUCAGGCUGGAUAAACCAACGCACAUACGGCCGCUUCAUGGACGCAAACCAAGUCGAACUACGCAGCGAACUCGAAUUCUGCUUCGCAGAAGCUGCGCUAUGUCUCGGUCCGGAGUUCAUCUCAGACACGCUACUGCACCACGAUACCUCGAAUGCAGAGACUACGUUACUGAACUUCUACCAUGAUCAUGGCACGCAUGAUUGGGACUGGCCUUGUUGGGGGACGGCGAAGGGCGAGUUUGAGCCGCCUAGGACACAGGGGCCGCAUAGGGAGGAGGGGAGUGGCAGGAGUUUGUUCACGACGAUGUUGGAGAGGUUGGCGGAGUGUAUGGCAUGUGAGUUGGGUGAUGUUAGGCCGAGGGUUGAGCGGCAGCUUGAAAGUGCGGAGCAUGAGUUGGCGUAUUUGAGUUUAGCGGGGAAGGCAAGGUUGCUGGAAGGAAAGGAUGUGGAGGACGUCGGUGGUCGGUAG